AUGUCUGAAAUUCAGAGGUGGACGGUCAACGAACCGUAUCUCGACAUCCCAGGAACGCUGCUCGAAGGGCCCUUUCACGAUGUGGCCAAAAACGAGUUCCGGUUUGUGGAUAUCUGGGAUCACAAACUAUAUCGCCUCGAUCUGACAAAGGGCCCUGACUCCUUGACGGCCAUUGAUACUGACGCCGCUGUUGGCGUCACCGCCAAUAUUGCCAACUCAUCCAAUCAGCUGAUUGUGGGAGCCAAACAUGGAUUCGCCCGGCUGGACCAGACUACCGGGAACCUCUCCUAUAUCCACGGUAUUCGUGAACUUUGGGGCGAAGAUGAGGGGAAAGCAGAGAGGAUGCGUUUCAAUGAUGGUGCCGUGGACAGCCACGGCCGGUUCUGGGCCGGGGCCAUGAACGACCCAAAGAUCAAGAAGCCGGAAGCAGAAGGGGUCCUAUUCAGACUGGAUCCAGAUCAGAGUGUGCACCACAUGCUGGCACCGGUGACGAUCCCCAACGGGAUCGGGUGGAAUCUAGCCGACGACGUGAUGUACCUGACGGAUUCACCGACAGGCAAGAUCUUUGCCUUUGACUUUGACGCUUCCACCGGCGCGAUCAGCAACCGCCGAGUGCACUUCGAUAUCGGCAAUGCGCUAGAGCCGGAUGGCUUUGCCAUUGAUGUCGAGGGCUGCAUCUGGAGCGCUGUCUACGGCGGCGGAAAGGUCCUGCGAAUUUCCCCGGCCGGAAAGGUUAUCGGUCAGAUCGAUCUGCCGACGCGCAACGUGACCUGUCCAGCCUUUGUCGGCACAGAGCUGUUUAUCACUACUGCCAAGGAUGAUCGUGAUGAUGACCGGCUGCCGCAGUCGGUUAGGUACGGCGGCCGGGUUUUCAGGGUUGAUGUCGGGGUCCGCGGCGUGCCUAAGAAUGAGUUUCGGUUCCAGGACUAG